ACAGUGUUAAAAGUAUAUACCGGCAAUGUGUACAACUAUGAAUGUAAAUGAAUCAACAGCAGUGAUCGAGGGGUGUGUAAGUGAGUAUGAUUGAAUAGGAGAAUUCAGUGAAGUAGAUAGGUGAUUGAAUAUCCUCUCAUAGCCGUGUGGAGAUGUCGGGUGAAGCCGUUGUGCCCUGUCCUGUACUCUUGGGCUCCGUCAAAACCGGAGGUCUGGCAGCUCAACUGCACCGGUUCACCCGGGAGAAUAACCUGCACAAAGCAGAGAAACUCCUCAAGCAAGGUGUGGAUGUGGACUGUAUAAAUCAUCUGGGCCAGACGAGUCUUUUCUGCACGUGUCUUCUGGGCUUCACCGCCAUGGCCGAGCUGCUUCUGCAGUACGGAGCCGAUCCCAAUCACCGCUGUGGUGACCGGAGCACUCCAGUCCAUGCUGCCGUGUUCUCCUGCAACACUGGGCUGCUCAGCAAGCUGCUGGAGGCAGGAGGAGAUCUGAGACUACAUGAUAAACAGGGAAGGACUCCCAGAGACUGGGCUGAGAUUGGAGGCCAGAAGCACAGCGCUAGGAUGGUCGGAUUCAUUAAGAGCUGCAUGUCUAUCAUGCGGAGUCUGUCUGAGUCACAGCUGCCCAGAGACAGACGUGAUACGCCAACUCCCAGCAAGACUCUCCUGCACUCUACGUCUCUGCCGGACUUCCUCAGACCGGUCUCUGAUGCAGUUUUUAAAAAGAAAGUAAGAGGAAAGUCAUUCACAUCUGACACGGUCCAGUGCUUCGGCUUUGGGAAGCUAUGUGUAGAGAAGCCCGGCAUGUCUGUGGGUGCUCUGGCCUCCGUGCCGUUUAUUUUAGAGUCUGAGUUGUUGCAGGCUGAAGACGAAGUACUGUACUCAUUCUCAUGUGGAUCCUUCACUGAAAUAACCAAUUACAUCUGGAGAGGAAGUCGUGUUUCAGUGAAGGAGCUGCAGAUGACACACCAACAGGCUGAGCAACAUGGCUUCCAUGACCUGCUAAUCACCGAGCUUAGCUUCUGCUGUCGUCUGUUUCACCCCCACCUUCUUCAGCUGAUGGCAGUGAGUUUCUCUUAUCAUCUGCAGCAGCACAAACUGGUGUAUGAGAGAGUGCAUGUGAGCUCACUGUACACCCUGCUGUACCACCAGCGAGCAAAGUUCCCUGUCCUAAAGGAAUAUGAGGUUUUGUCACUGAUCCUCCAGGUGUGUGAAGCUCUGUUUUACCUGGACAGUCGAUCUCUGGUGCUGCGCUCCCUCUCCUCUCACUCUGUCCUCAUCGUACACCCGGGUGUUGCUAAGGUCACUGGCCUUGGCUUCAUGGUGCCCAGUAAUAGCAGUCCUUCCUCCAUUCUACCCAUCCCGAUGAUGCUGUAUAACUGGGCAGCUCCUGAAGUGAUCCUCAUGAAAUCAUGCACGGGAAAAGCUGAUCUCUACAGCAUCUGUGCGCUCAUACAGGAGCUUUACACUGAUGCUGUUCCAUGGGGUUCUAUGAAUCCACGCUGUAUAAAGCAGGCCAUAGACACCGGUGAAGCUCUGUCUGCAGAUCCGUCCGUGCCACAGCCAUAUUAUGACCUGCUGGUGAAUUCAUUGAAUCCCAGGGCCGAGGAGAGAACGUGCAGCCUCCAGGACCUCCGAUAUACACUGCGUUCUGAAUUAAGGGUGAUUUCAUCACAGAUGAAAAAUACACACAUCAUGCACCAUACACUCUUGCAGUAUGAGCACAAGGGCGCGGAGCAGGACAUUUGGAACCAGGAGCUAGACUGCUUUCAGGAGACACCUACAAAACAGAAAAGCACCCUUGGAAAUUUCCAAAAGGAUGUGAGAGAGGGAUGCUUGUCCACUGAUAGGCUCCUCCAGGACAUUUCUUUAAGGAACAUUCUUCCUCUGGAUGAGCGGCGUCUGUCACCUUGCCCUCCUUCUGUAGAGGAGUUGGACAUGGAAGGAGAGAAAGAGAAAGAAGAGCGAUAUAUGGCAACCCAAUCAAUGAUCUCCAACCACAUUUGCAACACCGCCCGGAACCUGAAAGAGUCUCGGGUGCUGCUGCAGCAGGUGGAGAGCAGCUUAGAACUUACUGAAUCUAGGAUGAUGGGAAACACAUGUUCCAGCUCCCCGGAGUUUGACGAGACAGAUGGGCAGAGAGAGAAUAAGGUGGUGGUGCUGAAAGCAGUGGGACCUCCAUCCAAGUACAGACCUUCAUCAAAGUACUUUCAGGAGAUGGAAGACACAGAGUUCUGCUCUGCUGGAGAGGAGAGCUUCAAAAGUUCUGAGGCCAAAAAGAACAGCUCUGAUAGAGAAGCAAGUCUGAGAGGAGGUCAGGAACAGGGAGUCACUUCUGCUGAAGAGUUUGAAAGGUCGUCUCAGUCAUCAGAGAUGUGUACAUCACAGGAGCUGACACGGGACCGCUGUGCUGAGUACAAAUGGAGCAGUGAGGUGAAUGCAGCAGUGGCCCGGGUUAUGCAGGGUUUCUUGAGCACUGCAGCAGGGGUGCUGGUGAGGAGCAGUGACAGUGAGGAAGUACAGGAGGAGCAGCAGCCCCUGAUGGAUGUGCAGGAAGAUAAACACCUGGAGCAGCUGUUCCAGGGCUUCGCAGCAGGUAUGCACAGCGAGAGUGAAGAGAGCCGAGACUUCCACACCAUCAAUCACACCUUCACUCUGCCCACUGCUGUUUUUGAGAAAGACGACUUAGACUACGCUUCUUCACCUGUAGAACCUUCCACUAUCUUCUACACUCCAAAACACAAUCCAGAAAACACUAAAGAGGAGCUAUCACAGACAUCGAGUUCAGAGGAUGAUCCAGACGUGACACUGGAGGUGUGUCGCCCCAACGUGACUAUAGAGAACACAUUCAGAGAGUGCGGCCCUUCACCAGUGAAGCCCCAAAACACUGAAGAAGAAUCAGUAUCACCAUCUGUACACACCACCAGGAACAGUCACAUGGCAGAUAUGGCCGAGCUCUCCAGCAUCACCUGUUCACCUGCACAGCUCCAGGAGUGUGUAGGGCAAAAUGAAGCUCUGCCCAGCCCACACAACACACAUUUGCCAGCAUGCAACAGCACCCCACGCAGCCCACAUACAUUCACAGUUCGAGGCCUUAGAGCCCCCCACAGGGAGGUGUGCGUAUUUCCCCCAGUCGUCCUUCACCUGCAGUCUGUGACAGAGCCGUCUCCGUGGGGAAGUGCGAAGUCUCCGUCCCACAUUGAGAUGUACAACAUGACCAGACUGGAGCACGGUGACCAGAUACGUUGGUCAGAGAUUGGCAUCCUCAGCACUCCCACAGAGAGAGGGGAUUUAUACUUACCCAGCUGUGGCAACUCGGAGUUCACUAGAGCCAGCUCGGGGGUCAGAAACAGUGAGGAGAACAAGAGCCAGGAGGAGGGUGGAGGGCCAGCAGGCAAGACAGCCUUCAAACAUACAAUCAGCAUGUCUUUAUUUACAGCACUCUCAUAUACACACACACACACACACUGUUACACUGUAGUGGUGAGACUGAGAGUAAUUCACAUUAUCAUUACAGUUCCUCUUCCUGUAAACAGUGGUUCCCUCACCAGCUUCCCUUUAUUCUCUCUUCAAAUUAAUAUGAUACAAGCUUGUCCUGUUACUGAGAAAUUGCAAAGUAAAACACUCCUAUCCUGAAGAUGUCUGAAAACAUAAAUGGAAAACAUAAAAUGAAACAAUAAAAGCUCUGAUCUGCAUCAGGUCCUUCGUAAAGACUGAGAGAGCACUGUGUGAGGAAGAGGAGGAGCAAGAGGAAGUGAUGAAGGACACUUCAUGUGCUUAGUAUAGUUCAGAUGAUCCUUCUGCCACUGGUCCUCAUCACAGCAAGAGACCAAGGGUAAAAUACGGGGUUAUAUAACACUAACGCCACCUGCUGUUCAAACCCUAACUGGUUACAUCACAUUCUCUUAAAUCCUUACAUACUGUCCGGGUCAAAUUGACAUUUGACAGCAGUAAAAAUACCCUAAAUGUCAUUCUUCUAGUCUUAAAUAGCAUUCAGCAUAGGACUGAUCAUAUAUGGUGAACACAAAGAAGUCAUACAGGGGUGAGAGGGUGCCUUUUACACAGACUCAGGUUCUGCACCUGAAAGCAUAAGGACCUGCAUUGCAACAAAAUAAUUAUAAUAUAGUCAAAUUAGAAUCAUUUUAUUUUGACCUAACAGAUCGAAACAGAGAUGAAAAGAUGGACUCAAGAGAUAAAUCUGAAUCUGUGUGUGUGUUGAAAAGUUGCAGAGUUAGAGUGUGACACAGAAAAUAGCAGAUCUUCCAGUGAUGCUGACACAUCUGCAGAGGAGAAUAAAAGAGCACACUCCUCCCUGGACGAAGUUCUGCAGGGCUUAAUGGAGAACCCUGAUGGGAGCACCACAGAGAUGCAG